AUGACAUUCCGUCCCCCUUCCCCUUCCGCCCAGUCAUCAAUUGCUUCUGGCACCGAGAAGUCUUCAUCUGUGAGGUCCUCGUCAAGAUCCCAACACGCAGCCUGGGGUGCUCCAAGCUCGCAGUCGGGUCAGCGUCGCGGCUUGACUCCGCUUUCGACUACCAACAUAUCGUCUUCGACCAUUCCUUCUCUUACCUCUCCCUUUCAAGGUAUCUUCAAUUCGAGCAUUCGCUCCACUCGCAAGCCCCCAUCACCAGCCACUACGCCUUCACCUUUUGCCUUCCAACAUCCUGGCUCGCAGCCACUGUCGCAUACCGCACAUUCCCUUUCUUCUCCCCCAAAAUCGAGAGCUAUCACUCCCUCUGCGGGCGCUCAUCUGGCUUCAGCUGCCGGUAACGUAUCAGGAGGAGGAGGAAGUGGGGGAGGCGGUGGGUUGGGAUCCUCUAGAGGUGUCAACUUCUCUCCGCUGCUCUCUGGUCCAACAGUGAACUCUCCAACUGGGUUUGCAUCAGACAAACCAGGCUCUGCCGUGAGCUCGAGCCAAUCAUCUCUUACGAAAAUAUCUAUUGCUCAAGUCUUCUUACUUCUAGACUCUAUCACGGAGAAAGAAGGAAAGGAGAAGUGGGAAGUUAAAGCAGCUCAAAUUUAUAAGCUUGUCGAGUCCAACGGUAUGGAGGUGUUCUCAAAAUAUUUCCGCCGCCUUCUCACAGGCAACGCACCUCAAAUUUUUCCUGGAGUCAAUAAGGCCGUUGAGAAUGCGGGGAAUUACCCACUCCUUGUUCAAGAGAUGCAAAAGGUAUCUCAAGACUUAGAUCAAGCGCAGAAAAUUGCGGAAACUAUCGACACCUCCGAAGGCGAUAUUUUUCGUGAUUUUGAUCUCUCAACGUUCCUUGAUCAUUUCAAGCUGGAUGCGAUUGUUAAAGUGUCCCUUGCCUUAGCUUUCAAGUUUGCAAGCAGGUCGGAUUUACGGGCAAAAGCGGACGCUAUUUUGACAAACGCCGUACCUCAUUUUCUGCACAGCCUAUUAAACCCGACCGAAACAACAAAAGAUUUCAGCGCUGCAUAUAUCGGCCUUACCAUUGAACGAUUCAUCUUGUUUCCUCCACGGAAUUUCGAUGACGAAGUCAAAAGCAGACUCGUGCAGGCAGCAACCUUGCGCUAUCGAAACCAGGGCCUUGAGCUUCCCUUGGACGUGUUCAACGCGCUACAAAUGUUCGAUCUCGGUAGCUCCCGAAUGGCCGUCAUUCGGCAGCUUCACUCGAGAGGACCUAAAGCCACAGCAUCUGUAGAAGCCGUGAACGAGCUUAUGGUGUCUUGUGGAUCCGAGAGCUGGGGUGAAGAACAUGUUGGAAAUGCCUUAAUCUUCAUGCUUUUGUCACAAUACGCUCAACAGUAUUCUCUGGAGAACUUUGUACGAGCAGUCAAGUCUCAUUAUUCCGAUAAGGCUGUUAAUUGGUCACUGGUGUUCCGUGCCUUUGACCGAGAGUCCUUGAGAAUAACGCCUGGCCAAUUCUCCAAGCUUUAUUCAGCUCUGCUAAGCAUCGCAGGCGAUGACACCAGUCUCGAUGUUCAGAAGUUAUGGGGUGGCGACUGGAAGAACCGGCAGACUCAAAUCUCGUUUUUGACGGCUUAUCUCAACUCGCAUACUGAUCCGACUGAGAUCCCUAAUUUCCGGGCAUCUUUUCCUCAGGACUUGUUUGAGGAUGUCCCAGAUGCUUUGCGUAUGCAGGCCGAACGCGCUCUGAAGUCACCACUUCGGUCUGUUGAUGCCAUCAAGGCGAUUUUUGACUUGGCCUUAUUUUCUCAGGCAUCUUGGAACUCCCCGGAGAGUGCACCGCUGAUCAAAAUAAUUCUAUCUCAAGAGUUACCCGUGUUUUUACUUUCCUCUAUGGCAGUGCCUCAACCAUGGACGGCUAUACAGCAAAGCAUAGUGUUGCGUUCAGUGGCCUUUUUCGUCCUCAGACAAGAGGAGGGCUAUCAACUUGCCUUGUACGGUGUAUGGAAGCAAGAUCGACAAUGGCUUGCAGAACAACUUUUCACCAUGUUCACGCAGGAUCCGACUUCAACUGCUGCUAUCUACGAGGAUGCUGUCGAAUAUGGAUGGCUGGACUAUCUUCUGAGUUUUACCAAUGGCCUUGCCCUCGAUCUUGCCUCUUUAGCCCAUCGUAAGGGUGACUUUGAUCUGGAGGCAUGGGUUAAAAACGCUGCUCAAAAAGGUUCUAUGGACAUGGGCAGUCUACUGUCAAAAUUCCUUCGCAUUAAGGCCGAGGAUGAACUUCAAGCACAUCGACCGGAGCAAGGUGGUCCGCAGAUGGUCAGCCUUGCUGUGAAAACUGUCUACACACUACUCACAAUCUUGGAGGAGUAUGUCGGAGACCGUGAAAACCUGACACCUGUCCAACGUAUUUGUGUCCAAACAUACCCACGGCUUAUCAAUUAUGGAGAAGGGUUUGAUGACAUUAUCGAUGCCAAUGGCGAGAAAAGCAACGCAAUUCCGAAGGCUAUUGAUGAGAAGAUGCAGGAACUCUUUGGUAGGAUGUAUCACGAGGAACUUUCGCUUCGCGAGAUGCUAGAACUUAUGCGACGAUAUAAGACAUCUCGGGACCCUGCUGAACAAGAUCUUUUUACGUGCAUGGUUCAUGGCCUAAUCGACGAGUAUCAUUGUUACCACGAAUACCCAUUGGAAGCUUUGACCAAAACUGCAGUCAUGUUUGGAGGGAUCAUCAACUUCCGAUUGAUUGACGGAAUUCCUCUCAAGGUUGGUCUCGGCAUGAUUUUGGAGGCUGUGCGUGAUCAUCAGCCACAUGAUCCUAUGUAUAAGUUCGGCGUGGAAGCUAUCGAACAGCUAGUUAGUCGAUUGCCAGAAUGGGUUGGAUUCUGUCAUCUUCUUCUACAAAUUCCAAGUCUUCAUGGUACCCCUAUAUCCCAAAAAGCCGAGGAAGUCUUACUGGAGCAAGGCCAUCAGCCAGCAGAUGAGGCUGGUCCAGCUAGAAUCAAUGGUGGUAUCGACGGACAGGGUGUUACGAAUGGUAACCUGGACGACAACGAUUCCUCUCGCGUGUUCCGCUCACUUCAUGUCGGUCCUCCGUUGCGCCCUGAGAUUUAUGAAGACCCCGAUGAAGAAAUUCAAGACAAGAUCUUGUUUGUUCUGAAUAAUGUCUCGGAACAAAACAUUGAAGACAAGUUACGGGACCUGAGAGAUGUUCUACGGGACGAACAUCACCAAUGGUUUGCUUCCUAUCUUGUUGAACAGCGUGCGAAGUUACAACCAAACUUUCAACAGCUGUACCUUGACCUUCUGGAACUUAUCGGCAACCGAACACUCUGGGCAGAGGUACUUCGUGAAACCUACGUCAGCUCUAUACGUUUGUUGAAUGCAGACAGCACUGUCAACUCGUCAACGGAACGUAGCCACUUGAAGAAUCUCGGUGCUUGGUUAGGUUUAUUAACUAUUGCCAAAGACAAACCUAUCAAACACAAAAACAUCUAUUUCAAGGAAUUGCUCAUUGAAGGCUACGACAAUCAGCGUCUUAUGGUGGUUAUCCCAUUUACCUGCAAGGUACUCCUUCAAGCCACCAAAUCGACAGUCUUUAAGCCACCAAAUCCAUGGCUUAUGGACAUUAUAGGUCUUUUGAUAGAACUUUAUCAUUAUGCUGAGCUGAAGCUCAAUCUCAAGUUUGAGAUUGAAGUCCUUUGCAAGGACCUUGAUCUGGACCAUAAGUCUAUUGAACCUGCCUCUGACAUCCGAGAUCGCUCACAUCAGGGCGACGAAGUUCUUUCAGCCGCCAACAUACCAGAAGGGUUAGAAGCGUUCGAAGAUAUGACUUUAGGUGGCAUCAACCCGGCUAUGAGAACUGAGAGAUUGUCUCCUGCUGCUAUUCUGUCAACUCUCCCCAGCUUGGACAAGAUCUUGGUGUUUCCGUCUUCUGCAAGUAGUAUGGUCGAUCCAAGCAUUCUGCGGCAGAUUGUACAUACUGCUGUUGAGCGUGCUAUUGCUGAGAUUAUCACACCGGUUGUGGAACGGUCCAUUGCUAUUGCCUCAAUAUCCACGGUUCAGCUCAUCUCAAAGGACUAUGCAAUGGAACCGGAUGAAGAGAAGGUACGACAUGCCGCAAGGACAAUGGUUCGACAGCUUGCAGGUAGCUUGGCUCUCGUAACAUGCAAAGAGCCUCUCAAAAUGAGCAUGACAAACUACAUUCGCAUGAUUCAGCAAGAAUAUUCUGAACAACCAAUGCCAGAAGGUCUUAUUUUGAUGUGUGUCAAUGAUAACCUCGAUGCUGCCUGCGGCAUUGUGGAGAAGGCUGCUGAAGAGAAGUCCGUGCCCGAGAUUGAGAAAAUCAUCGAACCACAGCUGGAGGCACGCCGUCGCCACCGAGCCGCCAGACCUAAUGAGCCUUUUAUUGAUCCUUCUUCAAUGAAUCGAUGGGGGAUGCUUAUUCCUGAACCAUACCGACAGAUCCCCGGGGGACUGAACAAAGAGCAGUUAGCAAUCUACGAGGACUUUGCUCGGCAGACCCGAGGGCCAACUUCAAGCCAUUUACAAAAUGCCUCGACCGAUUCUGGACGACAGUUGCCUGAUGUCCUUCAGGAAUCUUUCCCAGCAAUUCCAAACCUCUCUACCCCCGCGGAGGCUCCAGCAGUACCUCAUCAAGCAGCACAAGGUCAACAAGAUAAUCGACUACAAGUCUCUGCAGUUGGCGCGCCUUCUCAAUUGAACGGUUUCCUCGACAGUCAGAACCCUCGUGAAAAAGUGGAAAUUUUCAUCACGGGUCUCCAACAGGAUGCUCGAAGUGCUACGGAGGAGCACAUCAAGGACCUUGGCCGAGACAGUGCCGUCAUUCAAGACUAUAACCAGAUCUUGCGCGCUAUCAUCACAUCUCCCAAUGGCGAGGACUUUGCUAGGUUGGUAUCUCUUAAGAUAUGCACGAGCCUAUAUUCUCAGACAGAAAGCCCUCUUGAGAUCGAAGUUCUAGUUAGCCUGCUUGCUAAAAUAUGUGACAUGUCCUCGAUUGUGGCGAGGUAUACCUGGGCAUUACUCUCGGAAGUUGAUGAUGAGCACAUGUUCAACGUCCCAGUCACCGUCGCUCUUAUCGACGCCGGGUUACUUGAUCUCCGACGUGUGGAUAUGUUGCUUAACAAGUUGAUUGGCCAGAAGAAUAUUAGUGCUUUGGAUCUUUUGGCAAGCCUGAUGGACCGUGUUCUAUUCAAUGAUGAGCCAUCGGCUUUGAGAUCGGAUUUCUCCGGCAGCCUUGAAGCAAUGAAUAAGUGGCUUGUCGAAGAGCCAAGCCUCACGGUUGCUGUUGACAUUAUUCGCAAGCUACGCGAAUCCGGGGUGUCAGAGGUCGUGAACCCCUACUUGAGUGACAAGGCGAGAGCCAAGCGUGACCAAAUGGAGUAUAUUUUCAGCGAGUGGAUUGGCGUCUAUAAGUUUGCAGGUGCUACGGAACGGACUUUUCAGUCAUUUCUCAAAGAUCUGCAUAAUAGGCAGGUGAUGAACAGUCAAGAGGACUCGGCCUUAUUUUUCAGAUUGAGCGUGGAUAUCUCGGUUGCAAUGUUCGAACACGAAUCUCAAAACCCCAAUGGCAGUCUUGAUGAGGCAUUCUUGUAUAUUGACGCUCUUGCCAAACUGGUUAUAUUGCUUGUCAAAUUCCAAGGCGAAACCACUGGUGCGGUCAAAGGUUCCAAAUCCGCCUAUCUCGAUUCAGUUCUGUCUUUAUUGGUGCUAGUGCUCAAUCAUCACCAAGUAAUGCGGGGGGAUGCUUUCAAUCAGCGAGUCUUCUUCAGGCUGUUUUCGAGCAUUCUUUGCGAGUAUUCUCUAUCCGGUCUCCAUACGAGUGACCAGCAUCAGGAGAUGAUGUUCGCAUUUGCCAGCAGAUUCCUGUCUCUUCAGCCUAAGUACGUGCCAACAUUUGUGUAUGGUUGGUUGUCUCUGGUCUCCCAUCGUGUGUUCAUGUCGGGUAUGCUGAACAUGCGCGACGAAGCGGGCUGGGCACCAUACUGCGAAAUCAUGCAAGUCCUCCUGUCCUAUAUGGGCGAGCAACUGAAACCAGGAAAUAUAUCCUAUGUUGCGAAGGAUCUUUACAAGGGUGUUCUCAGAAUUCUUCUAAUUCUACACCACGACUUCCCAGAAUUCGUUGCAGAAAAUCAUUUCCAGUUCUGCAACGUGAUCCCCGCUCAUUGCGCUCAGUUGCGCAAUCUUAUUCUCAGUGCUUAUCCAUCGUCUUUCCAUAAACUUCCGGAUCCAUUCCGCGAAGGACUUAAAUUGGAUCGACUGCAAGAGAUGCGAGAAGCCCCGAAGACCACAGGCGAUAUUGUUACGCCUCUGCAACAGGCAAAUCUCAAGAAUAUCCUUGACGCAUCCUUCCAAAAUACUACAAUCAGCGAUAAUACCAUCCAAGCAAUCCGCGAUGCUCUAUACAAACCAGCGGGUAAGGAAACCGGUCUCUUCUUGACCCCUAUUCACGUUGAUGUCGUCUUGGUCAAUGCGUUGGUUCUGUACAUUGGUGAGCAGGCUGUAGCAUCGGGGGUACUUACAGGCAACACACGUGCGGCUUUCGAGGAGUCUCCUCACUCAAUGCUACUCGACAAGCUGGCCAAGGUUUUGAAUCCAGAGGCUCGAUACUACUUGCUCAGCGCGAUGGCAAAUCAACUCCGAUACCCAAACAGUCACACUUACUACUUCAGUUUUGCCAUCCUUCAGUUAUUCGGAAUCGAUUACGCUGAACAACAGGAGUCUGAUAUUCGUCAGCAGAUCAUCCGUGUUCUGCUGGAACGACUUAUUGUUCACCGGCCACACCCUUGGGGGUUAAUUAUCACUCUUCAGGAGCUGCUGCAGAACCGCAGCUACACAUUCUUCAGACUGCCCUUCAUCCAAGCAGCACCAGAGAUUGGUCGUCUCUUUGACGCUCUUCUUCAACACAUUCAGCAACAGAGCCCUCGCGUUCUGACUUAAUUCGUUUAAUACCGUACAUGACCUCAUCUAUUGGGAAGUUGAUGACUGGUUCACGAAUCUCAUAUAAAUCCUUUCUACGGCGUUUUGGGAGGGAAAAGGGUUCCAUUAUGCUUUCUUGCCUUUCUUGUUUUCGAUUUAGUCAUUUGUGUCGUCCCUCUCAUGUGUUCAUUCUUUGGCGAAUACGGUCUUCAUUUAAUGUGGAAAUGUCCUUUGACAAAAAACAAGAACACCAAUACAGCAUGAUGCAACUUGCGAUGAGGUGUUGACUUGAGUUUUUCUUUCAUGUGACUUAGGGUUAUUUUCUGAUCGCUGGGGCCUCUAUAGAUAGAGCCUGUCAUGGGAGAUUGUGUAAACUUGCAUGGGCGUCGUGUCUUAUUUUAUAUGUAUUAUAGGUAAUAGGAAUUUCGUGACUUUGAUUAUGCUCUUC